AUCCAAUCUUUGUCCUACUUUUUGUCUUCAAGCCAUCAUUUCCUUCAUUUUGAGGUUUCUUCAAAAACACAAAGAAAUUCCAUUGUCUUCUUUGUCCACCAUCAUGGCUACCAAGAUCAAAAGGUUAUACAAGAAAUUCAAAAACAUUUCACGAAUUUUUGCUGUGAAGGAGAAAAAGAUGGAAAUUGGGUACCCUACAGAUGUUAAACAUGUUACUCACAUUGGUUGGGAUACCCCUUCCCACAGUACUGCACCGAGUUCGGAGAAUGAAUUCAAUACUAGGGGUUCUAAUUUUACUUCUCUUUCAACAUGGUCCUCUCAAGAUUUUGAACAAUCCAUGGGAAGCGAAUCUGCAAGAGAUGAAAGUAAGAGAUCACCUGCAUCUCUUGGAUCUUCAAAAUGUUUUUAAGAAAGAAAAAAAAAAAAGACCAAAAUUAGAUGUACUCGAGG